AUGGCCAAGCUCUCUGAUGACACCAAGCAGCACAGCGAGGCUGAUAGCAGAGAGCUGACCCGCUGCAUGCUGCUGCAGGCCCGAAUCUGCCCAGAGGAAACGCUCCUGUUUCUGCAGUCACAGCUGGGCGAUGAGUGGGAGGCUGGACGUGUGGCAGCCCUGGGUCUGCUCAGUGCUCUGGUUUGCUCUGAUGAGCCUGUGAUGACAGAGAUGCUGCCCCAGGUUGCAGAGGCUGUGCAGCGUGUGUGCAAUGACUCCAGGACUCAGGUGAGGAGGGCUGUUCUGUAUUUCAUCAAGGACUGCUCAGCUUGGGAUGUGGUGGGGCACAUCUUCAAUGAGUUCAGCCGCGCCACAGGAAGAAGGGCAGCCGGAGACCUUUCUGCCCAGGAAGCCAAGGAAGAAGGAGCUCUCCAGGAGCUGUGCGUGGGCAUCCUGGAGUCACUGCAUGUCUCUGUGAGAGGCCCUCCUGAUCUCCUGUGGCCGUGGCUGUUGCUGUUUGUGGUGCCAGCCCAGUACAUGGGCAUGCUGAUUCCAGUCUCUCGUUGUGUCCAAACCCUGGCUGAGAGAGAGGACCUGACAGGACAUCUGGAUCCUCAUUUUGUCAGCUCCAUGUUUCAAGGCCCACUGCUGACUUCCCAGACACUGCUGGCAUGCCUGUUGGUGAGUGGUGUCUGGGACCCUGUUGCAGGCAGCAGACUCCAAGUCACUGCCUUGCUGCUGAUGCAAAACCUCCACAAGAGGUUCCACAGAGCUGUGGGGGCCAUGUGGGCUGCUGAGAUCCCCCUGCUGCUGCAGUGUCUCCAAGGGAAAGAUGAGAGCUUCCCGGACCCUGCAGAGUGGGAGUGCCAUCUGCUAAAGUUCCUGAGGGCGUCGCUGGACACCAUCCGUGAUGAGGCCUGGAUCGAGGCCCUGAGCUGCGAGCUGAGCCGGUGGCUGAGCAGUUCUCCCAGCAGCUCUGGAGAAAAGGCUUUCCUGUACAAGGCUCUGGGGACAGCACUGGGAGCUUGUAAGGGAGUCCUCCACGUCCAAGAGAAGCUGCUGCAGCACUUGGAGGAAGCAAAUGCGGAGGAGCCAUCGGAGGCCCAGGGAAUAAUCUCUCUUCUCAGCCAUGCUGCUGAGGGCAAAUUCCACCCAGUCCUGGACACACUCACCGUGUUUGCAUCCAGGCUGUGCAAAGGCUGGAAUGCGAGGAUUUCCAGGUGCAAGAAGAUGGAGCUGGACAGCACGAGAGCUCAUGCCACACGCAGCGCUCUCAUGCUCGCUCAUGGCAGCUUGGCACUGCGUGCCUCCAAGGAACAGCUGCUUGUCCACCUGGAGGGAGACAUCGUGGGCAACAUCCUGAUGCUCUACAGCUGCAGCUGCCAGGACUUGCAGAACAACCUUGCGCUGGUGCAGAGCAUCACCGACUUCAGCUCAUCCUUGCAAGCUGUGGAUGACUCUGCCUGCUUUAACCCUUCCUUCAAGGGCAAGCUUCUGGAGAUCCUGAUGGACUUGCUGAAGUACUACUACUCAGGAAUCCCUGUCUCCCCAGUGCCCCUCAAGUUGGUUCUGGCCCUGGAGCAGUUGAGAUAAGGUCUGGGGUUGCAAGGCAGGAUGAUGCGUGAAAUAUUGAUUCUGUGCUGCAAGAACAUUGUGAUGCACCCUUCAGCAGAGAUGAUGCUGAAGAUCAGAAAGUCACAGCAAGCAGCUCAGUACCUGCAGCUUCAGCAAACAUCACUGAAAUCUUUGGGCCAGCUUAUGGCAGUUCUGCUCAAGACAGAGCCCACCUGUGGCUUUUUCCAGAACAUAGUCCAUGUCCUGCAGAGAUCUAUGACAUCAGACAAUGUGUGGGAGCACAAGAGGGCCCUGCAGACCUGCUCCCAGCUGCUGACUGUUUGUGAAGAGUUUCAAAGAGGAGAUGCCUAGGAGCACUUUGGCUCCUUGGUGGGAUUGCUGGCACCUCUGAUGUGUGACCCCAUGCCCACAUCCCACCAGUUGGCUGUCACCUGCCUCAGCUCCCUUCUCCAAAUCCAAGAUCAUGUGCAGAAACUUCCCUCUAGAACGCACCGUUGACUUCAUGAUGGCCAUCAAGGAGACCUUCAGGAGAGCCAAAGGAGUGCGUGUGCGUGCUGCUGGGAAGUAGAUGACCACCUUUCUGCAGAUGUACAGAAAGGACAUCUGUUGGGAUGUGUCUCCAAUCCUCUACAUCCUGCACAGCUACACAUCAUCUGUGCAGCAGAGCACAUCCAUGCCCUUCCUGUGCCAGGCAGUGGUCAUCCUCACAAGCUGUCACACAGAAGUCAUGAUCGACAACUUCUUCCAGCUGCAUGGGCCCACAGACAGGGAGACAUGGAGGAGAAUAAGAGAGUCUUCACUUCAAUGAUAGAGCUGGAGGCAAGGAGGGGAAAAGCAAGCCAAGGAGGGGAAAAGCAAGGCAAGGAUCACUAGACUCCCUGAGGAGUCUAUUCGUACAGUCCAGUCCUGAGAGCCAUCCCAUCGUGUCUCAGUGAUGCUAAUGACAUCAUAGCCCUGUAGGUAUAUGUAUGCCUGCAACUCCUCUUGCUUGUUCCCCUUGCUUCAUGCAUUAGUAUGCAGACAUUUGAGUUGAGCUCCCACUAUGGCUGAUUUACCAUCUUGAAUUCCCUUAUCCUGCACGUUAGGUGCUGUCUAAUGGCCUGUGUGACUUAGUAUGUACAACUUAGAGUACUCAAACUACAAAAAAUAUUCUAAUCCUAGUCUUUGCUACAGUAAGCCUUUCAAAGGUGUGAGAUGGAAUAACACAUUUACAUAUUCAUUGAUAAAUAUACAUAAAGUUCUCUAGAAAUCCAUCUACCACCUUUUUUUUUUUUUUUUCCCCACGUUGGCCUCUCUAAUGUUUGCCCCUUGCAAGCAUGAAACAAGGCAUUCAAUAAUAUCUACCUAAGUACACUAUCAUAAAUUCUCUUUUGCUGGACUACCUGCUUUAAAGAACAUAAAAGCCAUCUGGAAUCAAAGCUGUCUAAUCAAGAAUCAACCAUGUUACUGGCUUAGGUGGAGUAAUAGACACCAUAGUGAAACUAUGAGGGUUACUCUGAAAGUAAUGCCUCCUAUUUUGUCACGUUGACCUGAGAUGUCAGAGGCAGAUGUUGGCAGUAUGGUAGUAGACGUUGAACCUUACCACAAAUAUUCUGUUACAUUUUAUUGCUGUGUGAUAGGCGUUAGCAGUGGGACAGUCUGACAAAUUGGCAUCCGACAUGGAAGUGCAUGUGAAGUGUGUCAUUCAGUUCCUCCAUGCGGGAAAAGAAGGACACCCAGUGACAUUCAUUGAUGCUUGCUGAAUGUUUAUGGAGACCAAAAACAGUAGAUGGGAGCAUAGUGAAGCCAUGGGUGGUAUGUUUCAGCAGUGGUGACAGCAGCAGCAGGUCACCUCUAAUGGUGCAAUUUUUAUGAGCAUGACAUGCAGGCUGUUGUUCGUGAGUGGCAAAAAUGCAGAGCUCAUGAUGGUGGCUAUGUUGAAAAACAGUGUUUAAGGCAAGGAGGGGAGAGAAGUGAACAGAGAGA